CCGGAAGUGACGUGUCCGGUUAAAAACUAGGGCAAAGGUCACGCAUUGCGGCGAUCAGCUGUUGUGUUGUAGCAAGACGAGAAGAAGGCAUGGCGAACACGGGGAAGUAUAAACCGGUGACCCAUGUUAUCUUUGACAUGGACGGACUCUUACUGGACACAGAAGACAUCUACACCAGAGUGUUCCAGGAACUUGUGACACCAUAUGGCAAGACAUUUGAUUGGACCAUCAAGGCCAAAAUGAUGGGGAUGAAACCUCAACAGGGUGCCUCGUACCUUAUUCAGACAUUAGACCUUCCCAUGACUGAGGAACAUUACCAUGAAUGGACCACCAAAAGAUAUGCUGAACUCAUGCCCACAGCGGAGCUGCUACCUGGCGCAGAGAAGGUCGUACGUCACCUUCACAAACACAAGGUCCCCAUCGGUCUCUCCACGGGAUCGGACGUGGAGAAGUUCAACACCAAGACGACCAAUCACAGGGAGUUCUUCAAGCUGUUUGACCCCUUGGUGACCUGUGGCAGUGACCUGGAAGUGAAACAUGGCAAGCCUCAUGCUGAUGCAUUCCUGGUGCCUGCGACAAGGUUUCCUGACAAACCCAACCCAGCACAGUGCUUGGCAUUUGAAGACUCCCCUAACGGAGUGGACUCUGCACUGAAUGCUGGGAUGCAGGUUGUCAUGGUGCCACACCCAAACCUGGACCGAAGUCUCUGCACCAAUGGCACUCUCGUUUUAAACUCGCUGGAGGAUUUCCGUCCAGAAGAGUUUGGACUACCUGCUUAUGCUAGCUAGCCCAUGUAUGGUGAUCAUGGUUUUUAGCAUUUUGGUAUUCUUCAUUUUUUCAAAUAAAAAGUACUGUUUAAUUGAUUAAAGUAUGCACUUUUUUAACUUCUCAAAAUCCAAAAUGUGCUUCAAGUUAGGCCCAAGUUGGGGGCAUACGUAGGGUGUUGCUCAGAUAUGUAUAUGGUGAUAAGAGAACUGGUCCAGCUAGAAAUAACAGUUUCGUACCAGUAUUAAUUUGUACCGACACAACCAUGGCAUACAUUAUCAGUAGACAAUUUGUCUUUCUCAGGGUACUAUAAUUAUAAAUAGACUUGUCUAAUAGUAUAUGAUGAUGUGUGCAUGUAUCAAUGAUGUUAACCCUUCAAAGAAGCUUCAAAAAUAGCUUGGGCGGGGGGUAAUUGGAAAUGGAUAUUUAUGUCACACAAUACCACAGUGACUUUACCUGUUGAAAAUGUACUGAUUUUGUCGAAAACUGACUCCUCGGACAAAAUAUAUUUUGAGCUCUGAGCACAGUCUUCCAUAAGAUUAGUAGUAACUAAAAAAGGAAUCAUUAUCUGGUAUAUCAUGUAAGUUCAUUCAUUUGUAAGACCUUCCUGAUUAAAUGCAAUGAAGGAAA